CUCAACCGGAAGCGGUGGCUACCAGCAAAUUUUAGAUCUCAAAGGCGGAAGCGGAUUCGCUGCGCAGAACAGCGUAUCCUGUAGAAACCCUAAUUCGAAUUUGUUGUUCCAUAGACUUACCAGUACACGGAAUCCACUUUCCGAGGCAGGACAAAACCCCUAUAUCUCGCUCCCAAACAGCAAUCAUAGCACAAAAAAAUCGAUAUCCUCGCUCCCCCGGGAUCAUCACCUGCAAUUAGGCGACGAUAUCAGCAAAGUUCGCACCAUUUCCAUCUUCCCCUCUCGAAGGUCGAGAGAAAUUUUGAGAGAGACUCGAGAGAGAGGCAGCGAUGGUAACGGAUGGCUUCACAAAAGAUUCAAAUAAAGCCCCUCACCAGCCUUAGUUAGCGUUUCGAUCUCGCGGUCCGGAGCUAGGGUUAGGUUUUUUCGGCGGCGGAGAUGACGCAGAGCGGCGGCGGCGGUGGGUGCGGUGGCGGGGCGGACUACCACCUCCCGGACGAGAUCCUGGCGGUGAUCCCAACGGACCCCUACGAGCAGCUGGACCUGGCGAGGAAGAUCACCUCCAUGGCGAUCGCGUCCCGGGUGUCGAAGCUGGAGCUGGAGAACGGGAGGAUGAGGCAGAAGCUGGCGGAGAAGGAUCGGGCGAUCGCCGAGCUCCAGGACAAGCUCUCACAUCUCGACCGGAUGUUUCAGGAGGCUGACGCCAGGCUGAGGGUUGCUUUCGAGGAGAAUAUUAAACUGUCAAAGGAGCGUGAUUCGCUGGCUCAGACGUCGAAGAAAUUAGCCCGGGAUUUAGCAAAGUUGGAGACAUUCAAGAGGCAUUUGAUGCAGUCACUGAAUGAUGAUAAUUCAUCUCGAUCACAAGAAACCGUUGAUAUAAGGACCUACGAUCAGUCAGUUGCCAAAGCAUCUUCUUGGAAAGGUUUGUAUUUUGGUUUAAGAUCCCUUUUUUUACCUGACUGUGUUUCCGGACCGAAGUCUUUUCUUAUUGUUGGUUGCUUGCAUGGUUGCUUUCCUGCCUAUGGAGUAGAAGAUGAAGGGACCAUUAGCUGCUCGGCAUCAAAUAUAGUCAGUGGAUCUGCAGAAGUGGGAAACAUGAUUCAAGAUGGUGCAUCGACAAACCCAGCUGGGCAGGAAUUCUCCAUUACUCCACCUAUCGCCCCACGUCUCACUCCAACUGCUACACCAAAAGUAACAUCAACUAGUGGGUCUCCUAGAGCAUAUUCUAUAGGAGGAUCGCCAAACUUGACAUCGGGUGCCACUUCACCAACAAACCAUCGCUUUGAUGGGCACACUGGAAUGUCACCAUGGUAUCCAUCGAGCCAGCAGUCCUCAGCAGCUAGCUCUCCUCCUCGUGGACGCUUUAUGCCAGGACGCACUCCUCGUAUUGAUGGAAAAGAAUUCUUCCGUCAUGUUAGGAGCCGACUCUCUUAUGAACAGUUUGGAGCAUUUUUAGCUAAUAUCAAGGAACUCAAUGCUCACAGACAGUCACGGGAAGAAACUCUAAAAAAGGCAGAAGAGAUAUUUGGUACAGAUAACAAGGAUCUAUACCUAUCUUUUCAAGGCUUGCUUAACCGUAACCUGCCUUAGAAUUUAAUUCGGGAGAGACUGUUCCUUUGCCUUUUCACAUAACCAUCAAGUGUUAUUUCCACUGGACAAAGUUCUGCUAGUUGGUGCAAAUUCUAGUUGCAAUUAUUCAAAACUCAUAGGUCAUAGAUGAGAAGUUGCCACUCAUUAACAUCUGGUUUUUGGGCUGACGGCUACCAGAAAUUGGCUCCGUCCUCCACAAAGCUUGUACACUCUCAGUUCCAUUUAGCCCUACAGAGUUGUCAAAAAGUUAAGAGAAAAGAGGUUCUGCAUAAUGCAAUUUUGGCUGUUAAAUACCCAAGCCUUUUAAAUUGUUUCAGACUUGUCGAAUGGUCGUGUUCUUGCAUGUUUUCCGAGGAAAUAUUGUAAUCUUGAGCCCAAUUGCUAGCUCCUGGAUGAGAAUAUAUGGAGUUUACUUAUUCAUCUUUAGAUUUUGUCAAGGUUGUCUGGAUGCUAUUGUUAAGUUCUUUGAGGAUCA